AUGGUAGAGAGACUCUGUACAAGGAAGGAUGGUAGUCAAUGCAGAGAAAACUUCAUCCAGAUUCCAAAUAAUAAUGAAAAGAAAGAAAUUCCUGAAAUAAAACAACCUAAAUCCAGGUUGUGUAGGCAAAUCUUCAUGCAUUAUUUAUCCUUGAAUAACCAUCUGAGCUCUCACAUUGGACCCAAACUUUACCUGUGUCAGGAAUAUGGAAAGCAGCCUCAUGAAUGUAAGGAAUGUGAUAAAACUUUCCGUUAUCCCUCUUUACUUAGAAUUCAUGAAAGAAGACAUACUGGGGAAAAACCCUAUGAAUGUAAGCAAUGUGGGAAAGCUUUCUUUCAUCCAACUUCCUUCCGAUGUCAUGUAAAAGCUCAUAAUAAGGAAAACUUCUAUGAAUGUAAGCAAUGUGGCAAAACCUUCAGUUCUCUCGGCUCUCUUGGAAAACAUAAAAGAAAUCAUGCUGGAAAGAAGCCUUAUGAAUGUAAGGAAUGUGGUAAAACUUUCCUUUAUCACUAUUCACUUAGAAUUCAUGAAAAAACUCAUACUGGGGAAAAACCCUAUGAAUGUAAGCAUUGUGGUAAAGAUUUCUUUCAUCGAACUUCCCUCCGUCGUCAUGAAAGAAUUCAUACUGGGGAAAAACCCUAUGAAUGUAAGCAAUGUGGGAAAGCUUUCUUUUAUACACGUUCCCUCCAAAGUCAUGAAAGAACUCAUAAUAAGGAAAAACCCUAUGAAUGUAAGCAAUGUGGUAAGACUUUUAGUUGUUCCAAAUCUCUUAGCAAUCAUGAAAGAACACAUAUUGUGGAGAAAGUGUAUGAGUGUAAGCAAUGUGGGAAAGCUUUCAGAUAUUCCAUCUCUCUUAGAAAUCAUGAAAAAAUUCAUACUGUGCGAAAACCUUAUGAAUGUAAGCAAUGUGGGAAAGCUUUUAGAUAUUCUACAUAUCUUAGAAAUCAUGAAAGAAUGCAUACUAGGGAGAAAUCCUAUGAAUGUAAACAAUGUGGGAAAGUUUUCAGACAUUCCACUUUUCUUAGUAAUCAUGAAAGAAUAAAUCAUGACGGAAAGAAGCCUCAUGAAUGUAAGGAAUGUGGUAAAACUUUCCUUUACCCCUCUUUCCUUAGAAUUCAUGAAAGAAUGCAUACUGGGGAAAAACCCUAUAAAUGUAACCAUUGUGGUAAAGCUUUCUCUUAUCUAUCUUCCCUCCAAUGUCAUGAAAGAACUCAUAAUAAGGAAAAACCCUAUGAAUGUAAGCAAUGUGGGAAAGCUUUCAGACAUCCCAUUCUUCUUAGAAAUCAUGAAAGGAUGCAUACUGGGGAGAAACCCUAUGAAUGUAAGCAAUGUGGGAAAACCUUCUGUUCUCCCAAUUCUCUUGCAACACAUAAAAGAAAUCAUGAUGGAAAGAAGCCUCAUGAAUGUAAGGAAUGUGGUAAAACUUUCCUUUAUCCUUCUUUGCUUAGAAGUCAUGAAAGAAUGCAUACUGGGGAGAAACCCUAUGAAUGUAAGCAUUGUGGAAAAGAUUUCUCUCAACGAACUUACCUCCGUCGUCAUGAAAGAACUCAUACUGGGAUAAAAUGCUAUGAAUAUAAGCAUUGUGAUAAAGGUUUCUAUUAUCUGUUUUCUCUCUAA